AUGCUCAUCUCCAGCAUCUGCGUCGUGGUCUUGACGGUCGCCUCGUCCGUCACCGCGGUCAGUGUUAAUCCCCUGCCUGCUCCUCGCAAGAUCACAUGGGGCUCGUCAGGCCCACAGUACGUCGCUGGGCAGUUGAGUCUGCGUACCGGUCGCGAUGGCCAUGAUUUCACAAUUUCCCAGGGAUGGAACCGUGCCUGGGGGUCCAUCGUCACGCUGAAAUGGGUUCCUGCUGCGACUGAAGCUCCUAUUUCCUCCUUCGAGCCUUUCCCCACGGAGGCGCCUUCAUCGUCCGGGAAGAGCAAACGCGGCCGCCCGUCUUCGCUGCGGUUUGUCGAUGUCCAGGUCGAGGAUCACAAAGCGGAUCUCCAGCACGGCGUGGACGAGUCGUACACUUUGGAUGUGGUAGACGGCUCGGAUAGCAUUAGGAUCACUGCCAAAACCGUCUGGGGAGCUCUGCAUGCCUUCACCACUCUGCAGCAGAUUAUUAUCUCGGACGGACGCGGAGGCUUGCUCAUCGAGCAGCCCGUCCGUAUCCAGGAUGCGCCUCUCUACCCGUAUCGCGGCAUCAUGAUUGAUUCCGCUCGAAACUUCAUCUCCGUGCGGAAGAUCUUGGAGCAGCUGGACGGCAUGGCGCUGUCGAAACUGAAUGUCCUGCACUGGCAUCUGGAUGACACGCAAUCGUGGCCGAUCCAUAUCGAUGCCUACCCGCAGAUGACCAAAGAUGCGUACUCAAAGCGGGAGAUUUACUCGCACGCUGACCUUCGGCGCGUUAUUGCGUAUGCCCGUGCUCGAGCCAUUCGCGUUAUCCCCGAAGUUGACAUGCCGAGCCAUUCGGCAUCUGGUUGGCAGCAGGUCGAUCCGGAGAUGGUGACGUGCACCGACUCGUGGUGGUCGAACGACGACUGGGCAUUCCACACUGCGGUUGAGCCUAACCCGGGCCAGCUGGACAUCAUCUAUGAAGGGACAUACGAGGUUGUCAAGAACGUAUACAAUGAGCUCUCGAGCAUCUUCACGGACAAUUGGUUCCACGUCGGAGCGGAUGAGAUCCAGCCCAACUGUUACAACUUCAGCAGCCACGUGCGGGAGUGGUUUGCAGAGGACCCUUCGCGCACCAACAAUGAUCUGCUGCAGUACUGGAUUGACCGCGCAGUCCCCAUGUUCCGCGAGGUCAGCGAAAAGCGCCGUCUCAUCAUGUGGGAGGAUGUCGUCACGUCCACCGAGCAUGCCCACGACGUGCCGAAGGACAUUGUGAUGCAGAGCUGGAACAACGGCCUCGAAUAUAUCAAGCAACUAACAUCCAAAGGCUACGAUGUUAUCGUAUCGUCCUCCGAUUUCUUCUACCUGGACUGUGGCUAUGGCGGCUUCGUCUCCAACGAUCCCCGAUACAACGUGAUGGUCAACCCGGAUCCCAACACUCCCAACUUCAACUUCGGCGGCAAUGGAGGCUCCUGGUGCGGUCCUUACAAGUCGUGGCAGCGCAUCUACAACUACGACUUCACGCAAAACUUGACCGACGCCGAAGCCAAGCACGUUAUCGGAGUGACCGCGCCCUUGUGGGCCGAGCAAGUCGACGAUACGGUCAUCUCGACCAAGUUCUGGCCUCGCGCCGCGGCUCUGGCGGAGCUGUCCUGGUCCGGCAAUCGCGAUGAAAACGGCAAGAAGCGCACGACUCUCAUGACCCAGCGCAUCUUGAACUUCAGAGAGUACCUGGUGGCGAACGGCGUCGAGGCCGCUCCGCUCAUGCCCAAGUACUGUCUCCAGCAUCCGCAUGCGUGUGACCUGGAACGCAACCAGAAUGCCAUCCAGUGA